CUUCCAAAGGAUCCAAAAGUGAGGAUGUCGACCUCCCGGUGGAGCCCCAUAAUAUCGUCAAGCGAUCGACAAGUGCGGCCCCGCAAGACACUGAAUUUUCGUUGGUUAAGGGUGUGAACUCCGCUACGUCACCACUUAUGGUAGGGGCCGAGAUCGAGUUAACAUUGACGAUCAGCUUCAAAGCAGGAAUCACGGACAUGAAAGUAGAGUUAUUCACCCCAGAUCAUACCAACACCAUUAUGAUUCUGUGUGAUGUCCAGGUAGUGUCGACGGGUUCGCUAACGAUAAGUGGUUCGACAACACCUGUCUACGAUUCCAGGGACGGAACAGGGAAAUAUUACGACCGUGCCAUCAUUGACCUUGCGAAUGUUGAGAACACCGCGUGCACUACGUUAUCACAGUGCCAGAUUGUGAUUACCUACAAGUCUAUCAUGAUAGACAACCCCUCGGCCUCGGAUGGCACUUACUGGGUCAGUGCGGGAAUCGAAUAUUCUAAUUCGGAACUUAUCUGGGUGGGCCAAUGUUCCUACGACACCGUUCAAAAUAACGUUGUCGCUACACAGCCAGAAGUAAACUGGACUGGUCCAGCGGAGGUGGCCAUAGGAUCAUCCAGCAUAUUCUCCUUAUCUCUUUACUUGCCCAACCCAAGCGCCGACGUAACCCUUGGUGCCUUUACCCCACUCAACACUUCUUCAGUCAUGAGUGUUUGUAGCGCAAAAAUCAAGAGCAUGGGGUCGAACUUCAAUUGCGGUUAUGACCACAGCGCUAUAACCAAGACAAUGUAUCCUGCAACCACUGGUCUAGGAAUGGCUAUGGCGGAAGUCAACGGUGGAAAAUUCCUGAAUUCAGGUUCCCGACAUACUCGAGACGCAUACGAAGACAACGUGAUCGAGUUCGAGGUUAUAUACCACACCUACAUAGACGAGGGAUUAGUAGACCAAUUGUCAGACGUAGGCGCCACAUUGGACAUCUCAGGCAACCAAAUCUGGGCAGCCACGACCCCUGUCAAAUACAUCCCGGAGAUAAUCGAUUCUGGGAUGGCCUCUGUGAAUAUGAACAUCGACCCCGGCACGGACUCGUUUGUAGAGACCCUGACGCCAAAAGUAGUUAGACUUGCCAUGGAAAUACCAUAUAACACGACAGCCUCGUACGAACUGGUUGUGGAAACCCCUAUCAUCAGUGAUGCUCCAGUGUUUCAGCUCUGCUCAGUGACCCUAGUCUCGGGCGGCAAUAACCUCCCUUGUUUGACACUGGACAAAACCACUGUGUACUCCGCGAGGACCACAAGCGGUUCCGCCGCUGACAAGGGCGUUAUGCUCAUUGGCGGACUUACCAACCUCCCAGUCGAGGCAUCAUCUCUGGCAGCCAACUCCAUCGAUGUAGAUAUCAUUUUUACAGCGUUAGAGCACCCUUCCGCAACACAGAGUUCGCAGCACGAUCUGACGGUUACUGCCAAUUAUGCGGGGAAAACAACUUCGUUAACGCACACAUUUACAGUAUCCGGCACCAACGCUGGCACACCGAAUGUUACAUCGCCUGACUUUAACAUGACGGUCGGUAUUGGCACCGACACGGUUAGGGAAGGACUGGCUACUAGCGUGGUCCUGAAUAUCGACACGGGUCGUAACUAUACCUACACAAAAAUGGAUGUCGAGUUCAUUAUGCCGAGCGGCAACUCAUCUUCAAAGUUCAAGGUGUGUCGAUCCAGGGUCUUGUCGACAGGAUUAAACUUACCUUGCGUCACCCCUAGCUGGCUCAACAACAAAGUCGCAUACACAUCAAAAUUUAAUGAUGGCAUCAACAACCGAGCUGUACACAAUAUCGGAGGAGUAUGUAACAUUGGGCGAUCAUCUGAUAUAGCAGAGGACAAAAUGUCGCUGGCGGUCGACCUGAUGGUCUUAUCGCACGAUGAAAUGGCUGCCAAGGAAUGGACCAGUGCCGGGGUUAUGUACUCCAAUAAGCAGAUCUGGGUUGGUCAGUUUGCUCUCAACAUUGACACCACCAGCGCAGUAGCACCUGCGACAAUUCCACACAUCGGGGUGAUAAAGAAUACUACCCUGGCCAUGGCGCCUAUCGGUUACCCGAUGGUGUACGGCAUCAUUUUCAAGGUGGCUCCAGGGGAUAGUGUCGACCUAUUGGUAGAAGUGGAGUCCAACACGGCCGGACUCUACGUGUGUGGUCUACGUAUAAUGGCUGCCGGAGAAAACUUCCCGUGUUUGGAUCCGACGACCGAGCCGGUUUUCGAGACGUGGCCAUCCAAUGAUAACAAAAAGGCGACCUUUAAUGCAAGCUAUAUUACCAAUGUAGGUAACGACGCACUAGUGAACAACGAUUUUUACGACGGCAACUCCAUCAUGUUUGAAGUCAUCACGCAGCUCGGUCCCGACGUUGCUGAUGGGACACAACUGGGCUUUACCACAACUGUGACGUAUGCCACUGGUCAAAGCAAGGCUAUUACGCAAUCAAUGACUGCUACUAGCAACACCUCUAUCAUCGACAGGAAUGUGACUCAGAGCGCCAACUUCAGUUUUACUAUGGCCAGCGUAGACCAAAAUGAUACUGCAGAUAUCACAUAUGGAGAAGCAAAACGGUUUAUCCUGGAUAUGACAUUGCCGAAACUUCCCGUCCUACCUGCCGAGUACACCGUGAAGUUUCUCUCGUCGCCAUUAGUUGUUCCUGGUUACAUGGAAGUCUGUGAUGCAGCCGUGAUCGAAGUCGGCAAAAACUUUCCAUGUCUGCGUAAAACCGAGAUUCACCCAGUUUUUGAAAAACGACCGGGCUCCAACUACAAUGGUAUCGCUACCCUGAAUCUAGGAUUUAUCUGUAACUCUGCCAUGGGGACAGACGAGGCUUCCAAUAGGAUUCGAGUUGAGGGAAUUUUCAAGCUAUUACACAAUACCUCUAGUACAUCCGGAGACACUCACACCGUCCAUGUAGCAGUCAACAGCAACGAUUUCGAGAUAUUUGUGGCUAAUGUUGAACUUACCCAAACAAGCACACUGGUACCAAAGUAUAAUAAUACGAUUGCUACGAAUCAGACAACACUUUACGUUAAUCUGACGAAUUCAGACAUCAUCGACAUGGAGAUCGGCGUCAAUACCACUCUGCCACUCGUUCUCAACGUUCAUCCCGGUUCUGUUUCUAAGGUGAAGUUCGAUGUCGACACUUUUACCAACGAUUCUGUGGUUGCACUGGUGAAAGAUAUUCGUUUGAUGGGAACUGGGACAAAUAUAGCAUGUCUCUACGUGGACGAGGCUCUCGGACAGACCUUUACGCCAGUACUAAACUCGUCACUCGGCACCUGUCAAGUCGACCAGGGCUAUUUGGAUUUGGGUACCGUCUCUAACCUUGGUCUGUCAUAUCGUAAGGAGACUAAUACAGACGAUGAUGACAGUGUCCUCUUGCAUGUUGACUUAAUGUUGCCAGACUUUGAACUGGCAGAACAUAACGCAGUCUUCCCUAUCAGCUUCGGCGCAAUGGUCGCAAACGUCAUCGUUCUCUGUGAACAGAAGAUAAGAGUGAAACGUAAUGACAACGAGGUUCCGAUAUUACAGUUUACUGCCGAUGUCAACGGCACACUGACAACUGAGUCUCAGAUCUACAUAAACAUCCUGCUCAGCCACACCAACAUGUCCUCAGGAAGAGCCAUUAACGCCUCCAUGAUGAUGUUCUUGCCACCCUACCUUUCCUUCUCGAACUUGACACAGGCUAAUAUAACUCCAGUGGAAAUAAUAAAUGAUCCUGGAUUCAUCAACUUUGGAGACUUACUCAUGUGUAAUGCGGUGGAGUUUACGGUGUUACUUGAGAGUAAUAACUCGGUUGAAGUACCGAUAGAUAUCAUACCCGACAACACCAUAAUCUUUCUAGAAGCGGGCAGUUCCACCUACCAUAGGUCGGGUAGUAACAUAUUACCUGACGCGUUCCUAACAACGGAGACACAGUAUCUAAACUUCAGCGCCAAGGUCACACAAGAUGAUACAUGUAAUGAUGUUCUCGGAAUGGAAACGGGUGUUAUCAGAGAUUGCCAGCUGGCCUCAUCUAUUGAGAGUGAUCCACAGCAUCCCGCAUUUCACGGCCGGUUAAGGGGAAAUUCAGAAUGGGGGCCAUUCGUCCGUGGAGGCCGCCUUCCCCCGUACCGGUACUUCCAGGUUGCCUUUGGAAACGUCACACUUGUGGCAAAGAUAAUCAUGCAGCGAGGUAACAUCACCAGGUUUCCGCACAAAGUCACCGCUAUCUCACUGGAGUACAGUAACGACGGCAGUGCAUACGAAAGAGCCGAAACGAUUGAUGUUGCGUUUGGCGAUAAUGAAGACGAAAUCGUGGUCGAAAUGGGGAGACCAACUCCGGCUAGAUAUAUGCGAAUCUACAUUUCAAAGGAUAACUCGGGCACAGCGCUCGCAAGGAUAGGACUGAAAUUUGAGUUUAUCGGAUGUUUCAAAUCGAGUGAUAUAUCAGCGCAAGAUAUCUGUGACAUUGUGACAAAACACCAGCCAACUAUACCAGAGUUUCACGCUAGAAGCAUGACCUACAACAGAAAGACUUCAAAUGUACACUUCUGUGACGCCGCCCCAGCAAGUGACGGAUUAUUCACAGACGAAAUGGUGAUCAGCUGUGCCCGGUCGAAUGACGGCUUGUCCUGGGAAAAACUGCCAGACGAUAUUGGGUGUUUGCUUGGAUACGACAAGACAAACGAUCGACUAUAUGCCUGGCACAAGAACAAGAGAACCAUGCUGAUGAGUACGGAUGACGGUGCUGGCUUUCACACUGUUAGUUUAAACAUCUUCUUCACAUCCAGAGACGAUUCCGAGUUCGAAUCCUCCAAACCUAUCGGCUGGCAGUCCAAUGAUUACUUAAACUCGGCUGAACCCCACGCAAAUUACACACUGGGAAACUGGGGAGCUACUAGCGAAGGCCUCUUCAUCAGGAAUGGCGGAAGCUGGUCAAAACGCGUGACGUGGACGAUUCCUUAAUAUGGGCGAUGGUUUGCAACGCGUGUAACCAAGAAAUAGUGGUUAUCACAAGAUUUUAUUUGGACAACGAGAAGAUUGAAGAGUACAGAAGAUUAGAGAGAAAACCAUUUUAAUUAUAUCGUUAUCGUGUACUUGUCAACAUUAGGCUUAGUAGAAUUAUAAUACAAAUUAUUGUUUGUUGUUUAGUCAACAUAUUUUGAAGAAGAUAAUACUGUAUGCUAAACAUACCUAAACAUUGUCUAUAUUUAAAGCUGAAAUAAACGUAAUGGUGAUAUAUUUUUAUAUGAAAAUACAGCAAAAUUAUGACUAUAUCGUUGUAACCUAUUUGAACUCAAAAGAGGAAACAUAGAUUCCAAUUGGGACAACUUGAACAAAACAAAAUUACACUAGCGACAAGUGUACCAAAUGUCAUUAAAAGCAAUUGUUAGAUGUUUUAGGGGAUUGGAUCAAGACUCUGUUAAAAUUACACCCUUUCCAUGAUUAUUAAAUGUCUGAGUAAUAGCAUUUACCCGUCGGAAUGUUACACAUACGCCUAUUCAUGAACAAUACAUGAAACAAUGUUAUCUCGUAUGUUUCCUACUUCAAUUCGUGAACUCCCGUAAUCCAAUAAUAUGUGUUUGCAUUGGUGACUCGUUGGCGUUUGUUGUCCUGGUAUGUCUGUUUCUUUACACGGAUUCUGUCUUGAAAUGUUCUCGGUAGAAGCUACGUAUAUUGAGGUUUUAAUAAUUAUUUCCGAUGACGCCCUUUCAUAUCAAUAAACAAAUACUUAGUAUCAGUAUGAAUUGAAAACUCAUUUACACCUAGAGUUACCGUCCCUGGUUGUAUCUUUUUGAGGAUACACUAUUCCCGGUAAGGUUUCUAACACCUAGAGUUCUCUCCACUGGCUGUAUCAUUUUGAGGAUACAGGUUUCCCGGUUAGGUUUCUAACACCUCGAGUUAUUGCCCCUGGUAGUAUCAUUUUGAGGAUACAGGUUUCCCGGUUAGGUUUCUAACACCUCGAGUUAUUGCCCCUGGUGGUAUCAUUUUGAGGAUACAGGUUUCCCUGUUAGGUUUCUAACACCUCGAGUUAUCGCCCCUGGUAGUAUCAUUUUGCGGAUACAGGUUUCCCGGUUAGGUUUUCCAUUAUGCUAUGUACUCCGUGUUUCCGUCCAGUUAUUGCCUGUGAUAUUCUAUGUAAUGUGAUAAUGCCAUUUCUAACCGUAGCUGAUAACACUGAUGUACUCUAUAAUGUAGACCUACUUUAGUUUUAGUGUAUAUAUUUUAUUUCAAACAUGCAUAUACAUGUAGUUAUAUUAUAAAUGCAAUUUCAGAUGGAUUGGGCAAUAAUUUCGGAGUAACGUCUGUUUCUAAAUCAUAUAUGUCAGCAAUUGUGCUAAAUUUGGAUAUUAGUGCAAUGCGUACGAAAAAAAUGGCGAGUUGAAGAUGCUAUCAACUCUUACAAUUUUUUUUAACCACGUUGCUUUCAAUUGUUUUGUUUGGUAAAAUAUUGAAUAUAUUACUUAUAAAAUUCUCUUAAAUUUUACCAAUAAAUUGUUCUCAAAAAUUAUA